GAGAGCCGUGUAAAGCCAAACUCCCUCCAGCUGUUGUUUUGCCAUUUUUAUAUGCCUUGCUGCGAGAGUAACCGACUACACUCUUCCCCUCUCUGUCUCACUCCCUUUUAUCAAAAUAUAAAAACUUGAAAAAAGCUAGUGUUCCUAUCACAAACCCAACAGAGCAAGAAAGCUAAAGAUAAAUAUUAGUUUUAUAUGCUCCCCAACCGACUCUAGCUCUCUAUAUCUCCCCAGCUUCACUCUCUCAAAAACCAUUUGCCCAUUUCUGAAGGACUGAAAUCUCAUAAAGAAAAAUGAACAAGCAAGAGUUCAUGAAGAUUCAGAGCUGUGUGCUCAGAGUGAACAUUCACUGUGAGGGCUGUAAGCAGAAAGUUAAGAAAUUGGUGCAGAAAAUUGAAGGUGUGUAUACAACUAGUAUAGAUGCAGAGCAAGGCAAAGUGACUGUCACAGGGAACGUAGAUCCAGCCACCAUCAUCAAGAAGCUUGAAAAGAAUGGGAAACAUGCAGAGCUUUGGGGUGGAGGUGGAGGUGGAGGAGGACAGAAGGGUAAUUCUAACCAAGCUCAGCAGUUCAACCCCAACCAGUUCAAGAACAUGUCAAUGGGGAAUCAUGGAAAGGGUGGAAAAGACAAUGGUAACAGCAAAGCUCAGAAGGGUGGUGGUGGUGGUGGUGGGAAGGACCAACAGAAGGGUAUUAAUGUCCAGCAGCAAAUUCAGCAGCAACAAAUUCAGCAGCAACAGCAGAUGAUGAAGGGGGCUAAGGUGAUGAUGCCAAUGAAGGAGCAGAACAAGUCUGUGAAGUUUAAUCUGCCUGCUGAGGAGGAGUUUAGUGAUGGUGAGUUUGAUGAUGAGUUUGAUGAUGAAGAUUAUGAUGAUGAUGAGUUUGAUGAUGAAGAUUAUGAUGAUGAUGAGGAAGAGGAGGAGCUUAACCAUGGCCAUCAGGUACAUCCCAACAAGGUGAUGAUGAUGCCUGGUAUGGGUGCAAAUGGGCAACAAGGGCCUUAUGGUAAGAUGGUGAUGCCUGUGAUGGGUAAUAAUGGACAUGGGCCACAUGGGCCGGGUGGGAUGGUGAAUAUGAAUGCUAUGGGCGGCAAGAAGUUAGGUGGUGGGGGUGGCGGUGGUGGGGGAGGGUCUGCCAAGAAGGGUGAGGUUAUUGAUUUCCCUGUGCAAGGGAUGAAGGGUAUGGGUGGAAAUAAGGAGAAGGAGGGCAAAGAUGGGAAGGGAGGAAAAAAGAAAGGUAAAGGUGGAGGUGAUGAUGAAAAGAGCAAGAGUAAGAAAAAGAGCAAGGGUGGUAAAGAUGGUAAGGGAGGUAAAGAAGGUAAAGACAAAAGUGAGGGUAAAAAAGGUGGGUUGCUUGGGUGGCUUAGCAGGAGCACCAGUAAAAAAGAGAGUGAUGGAAACAGCAAGGGUGGGAAGGGAAGUAAGAAAGGAGGUGACAUGUUUGAUGAUUUUGAUGAAAUUGAAAUCAUGAAUUACAAGAAAGGAGGCAAAGGUGGCAAAGAAGGUAAAGAAAGCAAGGAAAGCAAAGAAGGCAAGGGAAGCAAGGGAGGCAAAGGUGGUGGUGGCAAUGGUGGAGAUGUGCAUCAAAUGGGUCAAAAGGGGCAUAUGGGCCAGGCGGGUCAGAUGGGGCAUAUGGGCCAAAUGGGUCAAAUGGGCAAUAUGGGCCAGAUGGGGCAGAUGAGGCCUAUGGGGCAAAUGGGGCAAAUGGGCCGCGGAGGUGAGAGUAUGGGUCAGAUGGGUAACUAUCCAAUGGGUAAUAUGGGUCAGAUGGGCAAUGUGCCUGCAGUACAAGGACUGCCUGCGCCGGGGAUGAUGAGCCGUGGUGGCGGUGGUGGUGGUGCGGGCUAUUACCAAGGAAUGGGGAAUGCAGGAAACCCAUAUACUCAACAACAACAGCAGCAGCUCCAGCAUCAGCAGUAUAUGGCAAUGAUGAUGAACCAGCAACAGCAGCCCCAAAUGGCUAGUGGGAAUGAUAUGUAUCAAUCCAUGUUGUAUGCGCGGCCACAGCCACAUAUGAACUACAUGCCUCAUCAGCCAAUGCCAUCGGCAGGGCCAACCGAGCCUUACACCAACUAUUUUAGCGAUGAAAAUGCCAAUAGUUGUACCAUCAUGUGAAACUAGUAGUAAUAGUAGUAAGUAGUAGAAUUCGGAUCAUGUGGUAUUAGUAGUAGUAGGGCAGUGCCAUGUGGUGGUAUGAUGUUAUGAUUUUUGUCUGAUAUUUGAUAGUAAAUGCAAUGUUUGGCAAGUGUCCCAUUGCUUAUGUUAGUAGGUAAUUCAUGGGUAAAUUUUGCCCGUUGUGGUACUAUUACUGAUGUACUAUUACUGAUGAUAAACUUCCUUCUUAAUUCUCAUCU